AUGGUGUACCCAUCCGUUACCGAGUUGUCCUCCGGGACCGAUGCUUCUAAGCCAUUGACAAAUGGGUAUAACGGCUACGAUCAUUCCUCUUCUUCGGAGCAGGCCAGCGACCAAGAGGAUCAAGUCAUGAGCGAUGCUGAAAGCGAAACGUCCGAUUCAUCUCACGUCGACACCAACAACAGUGCGGCCGCUGGAGACGACAACAACCGUGAAUAUUCUCUUGCGGGAAACUCCAGCUAUGAUGAUUCAGAUCUGGAGAGCCGGGCUGGCAUUGGCUCAAGAAAUGGCUCUUCCGCGUCGUCAUCACCGGGCUCCAGCCAGGAAGUGAAACGAAGAUCGGCCGUCGAUGAGACAGACUACAUCAGAAGCAAUCCGGAACUCUAUGGGCUUCGGAGGAGUGGCCGCUCUAGGACUGAACGUCGUCAGACACUGGUGGAUUCAGACGAGGACGAGGAACCGAAAGCACCACGUUCAAAGCGACGGCGCAUUGUCAAUUCACGGCCACCGUCGAAAGAGGCUUCUCGAUCGGUAACCCGGUCCUCUCCUUCAGACUCAGAUACAGAUGAGUACGGUGGUACCUCUACUCGUACAGCACGGCGUCGCCAAUUACAAGCUGCCAAAGUCCGUAUCCCAGCUGAGGUGCGUUUUUCUAGUAGGAAUGCUACUAAGGUUGCGAAUUACAAUGAAGAUUCCGACGACAUGUUUGAAGAGGAUGAAGAAGACCUCACGCCAAACGAUGCCAGCACAGCACAGUAUUACAACGGUCCUGGUAUCGACUUUGUUCUGGACCAUCGGCUCAAAGAUGGGGUUGACCCGAACAUUAGUGAUACGGACGUUACGAUCCGUGACUGCCUCUACUACAUCAAAUGGCAAAAUCAAUCCCACUAUCAUGCCACUUGGGAGUCUAGCGACAGUCUCAAGUAUCACACUGGUUUCCGCAGACUAGAAAAUUACUUCAAAAACAAAGUCAAAACCGAUCUCUACCUCAACAAUGACCCCGAUGUUGCGCCGGAAGAGAAAGAAAAGUGGAAUCUCGACCGCGAGCGUGACAUCGAAUCAUUGGAAGACUACAAGAAGGUUGAUCGUAUCAUCGGACACCGUGAUACUUUAGACGGGACGGAAUAUUUUGUGAAAUGGAAACGGUUGAAUUACGACGCCUGCACUUGGGAAAGUGACUCACUAGUCAAAGAGAUCGCAAUUGAUGAACUUGACCAGUUUCUGGAUCGCAAUGAUAAAGUUGUUUCUUGCGACAAACGUGAAAUGCAGCCUAGAACAAGAUCACCACAUGUGCCCAUCACUGGUUCGCCAAGUUUUCUGCAGAACGGCCAGCUGAAGGACUUUCAGGUCAAGGGCUUGAACUUCUUGGCCUACAAUUGGUCUCGCAACCAGAAUGUGGUUCUCGCUGAUGAGAUGGGUCUUGGUAAGACCGUUCAAACCAUUGCUUUCAUCAACUGGCUUCGUCAUGUUCGCGGUCAAGAUGGGCCCUUCAUUGUUGUGGUACCCCUUUCCACCAUACCGUCGUGGUCUGAAACAUUCGAGUACUGGACACCAGAUGUGAAUUAUAUUGUCUACACUGGCUCAAGUCAAGCUCGGCAGAUCCUCAAGGAUUACGAACUCAUGAAGGAUGGAAACCCACGCAAGCCAAAGUUCAAUGUGAUGCUGACCACAUUCGAGUAUGCCAACAUGGACUUUGAUUUCUUACGACAAUUCCCUUGGCAGUUUAUGGCCGUAGACGAGGCUCAUCGCUUGAAGAAUCGAGAGUCUAACCUCUACGGAAACCUUCUCGAUUUCAAGGCCCCUGCCCGGUUGUUGAUUACGGGAACUCCGAUCCAAAACAAUCUGGCAGAGUUAUCAGCCUUGAUGGACUUCCUCAACCCUGGAUUAGUUGAGGUUGAGGUGGAUAUGGAUUUGAGUUCUGAACAGGCGUCUGAGAAAUUGGCUAAACUUCAAAAUACCCUGAAGCCUCUUAUGUUACGCCGCACAAAGUCCAAAGUCGAGACUGAUCUUCCCCCGAAGACAGAAAAAAUCAUUCGCGUUGAAUUAUCUGAUAUCCAACUUGAAUACUACAAGAACAUCCUGACGAAGAACUAUGCUGCGUUGAAUGAAGGUGCCAACGGUCAAAAGCAGUCGCUACUCAAUAUUAUGAUGGAGCUUAAGAAAGCCAGCAACCAUCCUUUCAUGUUCCCCAAUGCUGAGGCCAAACUUUUGGAGGGCAAUACGCGUCGUGAGGAUCUCCUACGUAUCAUGAUCACCAGUAGUGGCAAGAUGAUGCUUCUCGAUCAGCUUUUAGCUAAGUUGAAACGCGACGGCCAUCGGGUUCUUAUUUUCAGCCAAAUGGUGAAAAUGCUUGAUCUUCUAGGUGACUACAUGCGAUUCCGAGGCUAUCAAUACCAGAGACUCGAUGGUACAAUUAGUGCUGCAAAUCGGCGAGUUGCGAUGGAACAUUUCAACGCCCCAGAAAGCUCCGAUUUUGCAUUUCUGUUGUCCACCAGAGCCGGUGGUCUUGGAAUCAACCUCAUGACCGCUGACACCGUCAUUCUUUUCGACUCUGACUGGAAUCCACAGGCAGAUCUUCAAGCGAUGGCUCGCGCGCAUCGAAUCGGUCAAACUAGACCUGUGAGCGUUUACCGUCUUGUGUCCAAAGACACCAUCGAAGAGGAGGUGCUCGAACGAGCCCGAAAUAAACUCAUGCUCGAAUUCAUCACAAUUCAGCGUGGCUUGACAGAAAAAGAUGUUCUUCCAGGUAAAGCCAAUCGUGCUGUUGGAGAGCCUACUGGAACGGAUGAGAUCUCGCGUAUCCUCAAGCGACGUGGACAGAAAAUGUUUGAGCAAACAGGGAACCAAAAGAAACUCGAGCAGCUCGAUAUCGACUCCGUUCUUGCGAACGCGGAGGAACACAAAACGGAACAGACUGAAGGAUUGGAGGCGGACGGUGGCGAGGAUUUUCUCAAGUCUUUUGAGUUCGUCGACGUGAAAGUAGAUGAAAUGAGCUGGGACGACAUUAUUCCCAAAGAACAACUUGCUGAGAUCAAAGCCGAAGAAAAGCGCAAAGCCGACGAAAAGUAUUUACACGACGUUAUCGAGCAGAAUCAGCCUCGGAAGCGCAAUGCACCCAACGAUGCGUUCGACGAGCGGGAAGAACGAAAAGCUAAACGUCGCGCACGGGCUCAAGUCAAUAUUGAGACUGCUGACGGAUCAGAAUCCGAAUCCCAAGAUCCGAAACGCUCGCUCAAGGAGAAGGAACUUCGUCAUCUCAUCCGGGCGUUUUUGCGUUAUGGAGAUGUCGAUGAACGAGAAGAGGAUGUUGUACGCGAAGCCCGUCUGGUUGGACGCGAUAGGGACACCGUCAAAGCUGCUCUCCGAGCGAUCACUGACAAGGCUGCCCAGUUGGUUAGAGAGGAUAGGGAAAAGCUAGAGGAGAUGGAGAGGUCAGGCAAAAUACCUACGAAGAAAGAGAAGAAGGCAGUUCUUUUCGAUCAUCAGGGUGUUAAGCGAAUUAACGCUCAUACCAUUGUUGAGCGCCCUGAAGAGAUGCGUAUCCUGCGUACAGCAACCCAGGGGCUGACUGACCAAACUAGUUUCCGGGUUCCUGAAGCAUCAAAGAAGGCCGACUACACUUGCUCCUGGGGUGCGCGUGAAGAUGGAAUGCUCUGCAUCGGGAUUGUCCGUCAUGGUUACGGAGCAUGGCCUGAGAUCCGCGACGAUCCUGAUUUGGGUCUAGGUGACAAGUUCUUCCUCGAGGAACAUCGUGUUGAUAAGAAAAAUGAACGCGCGAAUGCAGAUGCGAAAGGAACCAAGUCUCCUGGAGCUGUCCACCUUGUCCGCCGGGCUGACUACCUGAUCUCCGUUCUAAGAGAUAAGAGCUCGAAUGGUCAUAGUGUCACCGCUAGAAAGGCUGUCGAAAAUCAUCAUCGCAACAAGAAAUUACAAAACAUUCAACGCCGACAGCCUAGUAUCUCCGCAUCCCCAGCUCCUUCCAGUGGUCGAAAAAUUCGUCGUGAAUCAGAGAAGCCUCGGCAGCGGUCACACACGAAUGGGCCUCGUGAAAGUACUGAGCGUGCAAGUACUCCUAGAGCUGAACCUGCAAGGAUCAAGAAUGGAUCUGCAACUGAAAAGGUGCACAAACGUAUCCAGAAUGGAGUUCAUGAGGAUCAUACCCGACCUCGCAGCGUUAGCACUACUGCACCUCCGCUUACGAUGGAAGAUUCGAUUUUCGAACCUAAGGCUCACUUGUUGCAUAAGCUUCGUGAUGUGAAGAAAAACAAUCCUGACAAAGAGCAGCGUGCCAACGAGAUGCGCCGUCUUAUUUUGAAAAUCGGCAAUUUCAUCAAGCAGCUCCUACGCAAUGAUAAUUAUCCGGGGUUGGAGGAUAGGCUUUGGGGACAUGUCGCCAAAAAUUGCUUUCCUCCUGGCAAAGCAACGCUCGAGUCUAUCAAAAAUAUGUAUGAGAAGGUUGUCGCCAACAAUAGAGACACAGCUACUACUGCCAGGUAG